CGUGUGUGUGCGGAGCGGACACAAACAGCGAAGCGUUCGCAGAAAUGCGUGUUCCGGUGGGUCCCCACAAGUGGCUAUGACUAGCUUUGUACCGUACCCGUUCCGUAUCUACCAUCUCGUACCAAUUACCGAGGGAGGAGUGUAAACAUCUGUAAAGUGAGGAAGUGGGAUGUGGUUUUCUGUGAUGUGAACAGCCCAUUACAUGGUUGCGCGCGUGGGCUCCGUGACUGAUGGCAGGCGAUCGGUCAGUCAUCCACAUCAGUAUCGUUACACUGGAUGACGCGUCGAGGGUGUGAGCUCAAUAUGUGAAUGUGCAUGUUAAUGGCAGUUUUGUGAAAUAAAGAGCCAGUGCAUUGAAGUCAUCGGCGUCCGUGUGAGCUCGCCAUCAGAUAAUGGACUCAUCUGUGGCGCUGGUAAUAGCCCGGGGCUCGUGUUUACCGGAGGACGCGGGGAAGAGCGCGCCGAGCCCUCACCUGAACGGCUGCGUACCGCUCUCUCAUCAGGUGGCCGGACACAAGUAUGGCGUGGACAAAGUGGGUAUAUUGCAACAUCCUGAUGGCACAGUGUUGAAACAGCUACAGCCCCCUCCGAGAGGACCCAGAGAGAUGCAGUUCUACAGUAUGGUGUAUGCUGAAGACUGCUGCGACCCCUGUCUCAUAGACCUCCAAGAGCACCUUCCCAAGUACUACGGCACCUGGUCCUCACCUGACAUUCCCACAGACCUGUAUCUAAAGCUGGAAGACGUGACGCGCAGGUUUCAGAAGCCGUGCAUCAUGGAUGUGAAGAUUGGCCAAAGGAGCUAUGACCCCUUUGCCUCACAAGAGAAACGGGAGCAGCAGAUCAGAAAAUACCCGCUGAUGGAGGAGAUUGGCUUCCUGGUUCUGGGUAUGAGGGUAUAUAAAGCGGGCUCUGACAGCUAUGACACCUAUGACCAGCAUUAUGGAAGAGCCAUGAUAAAAGACACAAUCAAGGAAGGUUUAUCCAAGUUCUUCUACAAUGGAGACAUUCUCCGCAAAGACGCCAUCACUGCCAGCAUCCUCAAAGUCCAGAAGAUCCUCCAUUGGUUUGAGAGCCAAAGUCAGUUAAACUUUUAUGCAAGCUCUUUGCUCUUCGUCUACGAGGGUGUCUGUAUGCCCAGUUUCGGCUCUCAGACCAUACUGGAGAGCCACCUCACACCAAAAACCUGUGAGCAGAACAACAACAUUGACCAGAGCCUAUCAACCAUGUACUCCCUGCACAACAAAGGUUGCAUCCAGAGCCACUACCAAAUCAAACAGGAUAACAGCGCUUGGAAAACGUCCGCACAGCAGCCCAAUGGCAACCACAGUCUGGCAAGACUGGAAGAGGAGGGGAGGGAAGCGAAAAGUGAAGUGGGACAGAAAACGGUUGGCAGUGUGGAGGUUAAAAUGAUUGACUUUGCACAUGUCUUCCCUAGUGACGUCCAUGACCAUGGUUACAUCUACGGCUUAAAGAACCUGCUGAAGGCCCUACAUCAAGUUCUUGAUGAGUGAUGAAGCUCUUUUAUUUGUCCUUAGAUUGGUUACAUCUGUGACUUAAAUAACCUACUCAAGCCCCUACAGCAACUAACAGAUGGAGCUCUUUAAGUGGUUCUUAUAGAUGAGUUACGUACACCGCCUGAAGAACCAGCUAAAGGUCCUUCAGCAAGUUCUAGAAGAGAGAUGGAGCUUGUUUAUUGAUUCUUGAUGGGUUACAUUUAUGGCUUAAAGAACCUAUUGAAAGUCCUGCAGCAAGUUCUAGACAAACAAUGGAGCUCUUUUAGUGGUACCUUAAUGGGUUACAUCUACAGCUUGGAUAUCUUACUAACGGUCCUAUAUCAACUGCUUGAUAAGUGAUGGGGCUCUUUUAGUGGUUCUUGGAGAGCUUAUUUUUGAAGGUAUGAAUUUUGUAGCCACUUUCAAAACUGUAUAACCCCUUCGCUCUAAUCUGCACUACCUACUACCAUCAGUGGAGUAACAUAUUUGUAAUCCUCGUCUAAUGUAUGUGCUUUAGUCUUCAAAAACCUUUGUACAGUUUAUGAUAUCUUACUCAGGUAAAUGAAUCCAAUAUGCUUGUGUAUGUUUAUCUCGGCAAAAGAAGAAAGCCUCAUGAAAUGUUGAAACACACUCAGAUUUCACAUAUUAGUUACUGUUUCUAGAGCCAUGACAGAGCCAGUUCUUUUUUUUUAUCUUUAUUUUUUAAUUGAUGUGAUUGAAAAUAGGAUCAAUGUAGGAAUAUAUAUCUGAAAUUUGUUGUGCAGAUGCUGCCAAAAUGACCCUGCCUGUUGUUUCAGACCUGUUGAAUUGUGAAUUUUAUCAAAAAAUUUUAACAAGUGAUUUUGAAAUAAUUAAACCUUUGUAAUUAUAUUCAUGUUCUGUGAUUACUGAUGCAAUAUGACUGAAAUGACAAGAAUGACAGUAAUGAAGAUUUAAAAGAGACCCUUGUGUCUACAACAAAUGCCAAAUUUUCCACCAAUGGAGAACGAGAACUGAAUGAUGCAAGUAACUUCAGCAACUUAAGACUGCAUUCAUAAAUGGUUUAGUUGUGUUUUAAUGAUAGCAUGUCCCACUUUGAGUGUUCUCCAGGAAUUUCACUUGGGUGUUAAUCCACAUUUAUUGGGUGAGCACUAGGGCUGCAACUAACGAUUAUGUUGAUAAUCGACUAAUCUAACGGUUAUUAGAACGAUUAUUCGACUAUUCAUUGAUUAUUGCAAUGAUUUAUCAUUAGUUCUUAACCGACUAUUCAGCUUGUGCCUGACUUAAAAGGUUGUAUUAAACGUGCUUGCUAAAAAUAGGACAAAAUCAUCUUUUAAAUGUACCUUUAAAUGUAAUUCCCUGAAUUAAAGGAAAAAAUACUGUUUAAUUC